AUGCGGGAGAGUUUCGUCGAGCAUCAACGCAAAAGCUUGCAGGAUCCUGAUCAUCUCCAAGCGACUUUGAGUCAUCUCCCAAGCGAGGGCGAUAUAUAUUAUAUGAGCGAUAAUGACUCUUCAUCCGUGAAAUCCCAACGAUGGAAGAUUAUGGAGUUGAUCUUGCGCUGGAAAUCCAAAGAUAUUUUCAACCUCAAAAAUUUCAUGGGAAACUUGAAAAUGGACAACAACGAUGACGAUGUCGAUGUCGAUGAAAUCAGGAGGCGGAGAAAACAAACCUCGAAAAGACAGUGGAAACUGCCCCGCUACUUCAGGACGCCGUAUAAUUGGCUCGACCUAAUGGCGUUUCCUACCCCGAUGGCCACGAGCUCAAACCAACUGGCGAAUAUUAUCCAUGAGAGCUCUAAUGGAGCUACUUGGGGCCUGACUGAAUUGCGAGUCAAUGAGGAAGUGUGUAAAUACGUUGCCAUCGUAAUCAGGGUCAUGAUCGAGAUUCAAGUGUUCUUUGUCAUAUUUGCAGUCGGCAUUGUCUUCUACUCGCUCGCGAUUCAAUGUAUACUGCGAGGAUGUGCCAGCAAGGGGUGCAUAGUCUCGCCAACCUCCUUUCCAGAAAACUUCUUGGCCGACGGAACAUGGCGUCUUAUCUGGCUUGAGAAUCGUCUCCCUUAUGUUGAAAGAGCUGAGAAUAUGGCGUACCACAUUCCAGGUUUCCAUCAGAGUCGCAAAUGGUUUCCUAAGGAAAUAUACUAUACUGCCACUACUGAUCAGGUCAAGAAGUAUUGGAAGACAAUGAAGAAAGUUCUUGAACGUUUGUAUCAUCGGCACAUGCUCACACUUGGACGAAAUGCGGACGCCAGCGAUUCGGACGCUAGCGAUUCAGGCUCUGACAAUGUCGAUUCGGACUCUGACGAUCGAGUAAGGAUAGCGAGGCAACAGGAUGUUGUGAAUGGAACUGAAAUGAGCAAUAGCCAUAUUAGGAAUGGCAUAGUCGAUGUUAGUUCUGAGGCUAGCUUGCCAAGGGACGAAAGUAGAGAUAAUGCAGUGACUGCAGGCAGAUCAGCGGCUGGAAAUAUUAUACAGAAGAUCAAGAACCAGAUGAGACAGCUGGUGGUGGAGCAGAAUCAGUUCCAGAGCGGGCAACUUAAACGCGAGCAAACUAUGGAGCGACAAGUAGCACAGCUGCAGAAGGCGGUAGAAGCGCUGGUCAAGAAACUUGAAGAGGUGCAAUAA